CUGUCUGCCUGCCAAGAUGUCGGGCGGGCGGGUGUGCGCUGCGUGCGGCGGCUCCGACAUCGAGGUGGACUCAGCCCGGGGCGAUGCAGUCUGCACCGGAUGCGGUUCGGUGCUGGAAGACAACAUCAUCGUCUCGGAAGUGCAGUUCGUGGAGAACAGCGGCGGAGGCUCCUCGGCAGUCGGGCAGUUCGUCUCCCUCGACGCAGCAGGAAAAACUCAAACUGUUGGAGGAUUUCAUGUCAACUUGGGAAAGGAGUCGCGGGCACAGACUUUGCAAAAUGGAAAACGCCAGAUCCAUCAUUUAGGGAACCAGCUGCAACUAAAUCAACAUUGUCUUGAUACAGCCUUCAACUUUUUCAAAAUGGCGGUGAGCAAGCACUUAACUCGUGGGAGGAAGAUGACCCAUGUCAUAGCAGCAUGCCUCUACUUGGUGUGUAGGACAGAAGGCACUCCACACAUGCUGCUUGACCUCAGCGACCUCCUUCAGGUGAACGUCUAUGUGCUGGGAAAAACGUUCCUUCUGUUGGCCCGAGAGCUCUGCAUAAAUGCUCCAGCUAUAGAUCCAUGUUUAUAUAUUCCUCGUUUUGCACACAUGCUCGAGUUUGGUGAUAAGAACCAUGAAGUCUCCAUGACAGCCUUAAGGCUCCUGCAGCAGAUGAAGAGAGACUGGAUGCAUACAGGUCGACGGCCAUCAGGGCUUUGUGGUGCAGCUCUCCUUGUUGCAGCAAGAAUGCAUGAUUUUCGGCGCACUGUUAAAGAAGUAAUCAGAGUGGUUAAAGUUGGUGAAUCAACAUUAAGGAAAAGACUUACAGAAUUUGAAGAUACACCUGCAAGUCAGCUAACAAUAGAUGAGUUCAUGACCAUUGACCUGGAAGAGGAAUGUGAUCCUCCUUCAUUUACAGCUGGUCAACGAAAGAUAAAGAUUCAGCAGCUUGAGAAGGAAUUGUCAAAAAAGCUUGAAGAAUUAGAAGGUGAAAUAACAAGCUAUCAAGAUGAAAUAGAGAUUGAAUUAGAAAAUAGCCGGCCCAAAGCAAAAGGAGUUUAUGCAAAUUAUAGCAAGGAUGAUUGCAUAGAAGAUACUAUUUCAAGUAUAUUUGGAGAUGAGGAUGGAGAAGAUGAAGAACUGGCAGCAGCUGCAAGUCAUCUGAACAUGGACUUUUAUAAUGAACUUCUUGAUAAAGAUCGAUCAAAAGAAAAAGAAAUUGCUGUAAGGCCAUCUGCUCUGGAAUCACUUCUUGGACCUCUUCCUACUGCAGCCAGUCUUGGAAUAACAGAAUCUAUAAAAGAAUGUAUCUUGACUAAAGACCGAGAUCGUAAUGAAAAUACUGGAGAUGGUGAAUUAGAUCUAAGUGGAAUUGAUGACAGUGAAAUAGAUAUGUACAUACUUAAUGAUUCGGAAGCCAGGAUAAAAGCAGAAUUGUGGAUGAAGGAAAAUGCAGAUUAUUUGAAGGAACAAAAGGAAAAAGAAGCAAGGAUAGCAAAAGAAAAAGAGCUUGGGAUUUAUAAAGAACAUAAGCCCAAGAAGUCUGCAAAGAAACGGGAGCUGAUCCAGGCCAGCACAGCAGGAGAGGCAAUUGAAAAAAUGUUGGAACAGAAGAAGAUCUCAAGUAAAAUUAAUUAUAAUGUGUUAAGGGACCUCAACAGCAAAGGAGGUAGCACACCAAAGAAAGAUGAUGAUACCACUGAUGAUAGCACCAGCACCAAGAAGUUAUCAAGGAGAAAAUCUCUUGUGAAUCGGAAUGUGGCCAAUUCAGUAAACACCAUGGGGAAAAG